AUGUCAGGAGACUCUUGCUGGGCAUGUGAAAUUGCGAAUUCCCAGGCUGUAUAUGUAGUCGCGAGGGAGGAUAUGCAAGAGCCUCUUUGGCGUGACCAAGGUCUUCUCAACUUCUCCUUGACUUCCGCGGACAACGGGAUCCCUCUGUGCUCAACUUGUCAAUACCUGUUCGAGAGACCUGACGAUCCAGGAUUCGUUUUCAUACCUGCCGAUUUACAAUACUUCAUUGACUUCGAGCUUAAGGACCGCGAGAACAGAGAAUUGGCAGCAAGAAAUGGCGAAGCUCUUUCUCGGCAAGUUCCAUCCAGUGAUAUGUACCGCGAGCAUCAAUUGAAGCAAGGCGCUAUCGAAGCCGAGGCAGCCGGCGGCCUCUAUAAGCGAGUUUUCUUGACGAAUUACUCGGCCGGAGAACUAAUCGACCCCGAAGAACAUGGCUUGACGGGGCUAAAAGUCUGGCAUGGAGCGCCCUUGGCGACUCUGCGGCGGGGAAUUCAUGCCCUGGGUAGCGCCAGAGUCUACCAGAUGGACCCAAAGACGAUUGCCCAACUGGAAACCCUACGAAGUCUUUACUUCAAGUGCACUCGAGAGUCCUCUCUGGAGGUUAGGAGCACACAGGCCCAGCCAGACCUCCAGCGCAAGGAAAGGGAGGCCCGUGAGGAGGAUGAAUUUGGCGUACCAAGCAACUUGAAGAUGCUCAAGAUAGAACACCACCACUUGUACACCGAUUUUGAAGACCGACCUAUUCCUCAGGAGGAAUGGACUUUUACGCCUAAGUUAACUACAGGAGAAAUCAUCGACCGCUACUUGGACGCUGUUCGUUCUCCCUGA